UAGCAGGCUACCUAGCUAGUAUUGUAGAAACGGGCCUGAAAGCUUCGGCAGUAAACCUAACACGGGCCUGUAGCUAGUCGAGGAGUGAAGUAGCUUUAUAGCUAGCAUGGCUAUAAACAGCUGCAUCUGAAGCUCGUGCAACCACACCCGACAUGAUUCUGCUACUCACCUCUUCGAGCUCAUCGUCGGAGACAUUUUCUUCCGGCUGAUCCAAAUCGAUGUCGAACACGCCAGCCAUGCCUGCGUUUAGUGAGUCGUUGCUCGCUCAGUCCGUGAGAAUAUCUCGCGCUCCCCACCUCAUGGACAAACACACAUCGCCGCCAUAACCGGCUACUACAAGGGGCAUGCGCACAACUUCACCAACAAGGCAGGCAUAGUACUGACCCGCUGGUGUGAUGCAGGAAAGGCGCCGAUUUCGAGCAUUUCGUGCAGACUUUCCUUCAGAUGUGAACUUAUCUGGAGUCAAAUGACGGUUCGCUCUAGGAAGCCCUCAUGUACCUGGCGAGUUAAUACAAGGCGAUAACAAUGUCAGUCGUGACAUUACAACUUGGACAGUGUGGUAACCAAGUAGGGCACGAGUUGUUUGACGUGAUUAGCAACGACGCUAGCGACGGUCAAAGAAAAGUGUACAGUGAAUGCAGUCGUGAACGCUUCUUCAAUGAGACGACAAAUGGAGACCUGGUGGCACGGGCUGUUCUCAUUGACAUGGAGACAAAAGUCAUCACGCAGAGUGUAGCCAAAGCUGUUAAGUCGGGGAGAUGGAGAUACGACGACCAGUCUCAAUUCAGUCAGAAGCAGGGCUCCGGAAACAACUGGGCCAACGGGUACUGUGUCCACGGCCCUCAUCACAAAGAGGUGAUGGAAGACCUGGUUCGGAGAGAGGUGGAGCGCUGUGACAGACUAGCAGGGUUCAUGGUCAUGAUGAGUGUGGCAGGGGGCACAGGGUCUGGCGUGGGCACAUACGCUACUCAAUGUCUCAGAGACGCCUACCCAAACUCAUUCAUCCUCAAUCACCUGACCUGGCCUUAUGGCACUGGAGAGGUGAUUGUCCAGAACUACAACUCGGUCCUCACCCUGUCUCACCUCUAUCAGCUCUCCGACGCCCUCCUGGUUCACGAGAACGACACCGUGCACAAAAUAUGCUCGCAGCUCAUGAACAUCAAACACAUAUCGUUCGGUGACGUCAACAGAGUCAUUGCCCACCAGCUGGGCAGCGUUCUACAGCCUGCUCUCACUGGGGACUCCCACGGCGUCUACGGACGGAAUCCCCUAGGGGACCUGAUGAGCUGCCUGGUGUGUCACCCAGAGUACAAGCUGUUGAGCGUGUCUACCAUCCCUCAAAUGGCCAGCUCCUCCAUGGCCUACAGCGUGUUCUCCUGGCCUGGCCUGCUCAAACACCUGCGACAGAUGCUCAUAGCAAAUGCCAAGAUGGAGGAAGGUAUUGAUUGGCAGGUGCAAGCCCCACUCCUCCCUGGUAUGGGUCGUGAUAGGUCCAGGAGCCACAUGGGGGCGGGCUUUAACACAUCUGUGGCAAAUCUGCUCAUUUUGCGGGGAAAAGACGUGUACAGCGCAGAGACAGGUGGAUUUCAAGAAGCAGCCUUAUAUUCCCCCUGGCUUCCAGCAGAGGAGGCUUUCAGCACCUGGAAAACACCUGUUCCCUUCAACAGGUACGAGAAGUGUGCUACGCUGGUCAGCAACAGCCAGGCUCUCCUGGGGCCUCUGGACAACAUGGUGGGGAAAGCCUGGAACAUGUUCGCCUCCAGGGCCUACAUUCAUCAGUACACCAAGUUUGGCAUCUCUGAGGAGGAUUUCCUUGACAGCUUCACAUCUCUGGAACAAGUAAUCUCCAGCUACAGUCAGCUGGGAUGCUAGCUGGAACAAGUCAUCUCCAGCUACAGUCAGCUAUGGUGCUAGCUGGAACAAGUCAUCUCCAGCUACAGUCAGCUAUGGUGCUAGCUGGAACAAGUCAUCUCCAGCUACAGUCAGCUAUGGUGCUAGCUGGAACAAGUCAUCUCCAGUUACAGUCAGAUAUGAUGCUAGCUGCUGGGAAGGAUGAGAUCACUCAUUCUGGGCCAAUAAAGGACAUGAUAACACUUGGAAAAACAUGUUUACCCUUCAAUGGAGUAAUGUAAUACCAUGUAAUUGUGUGUACAGUUAGAAUACAUCUAUAAUAAUGGGGAAUUUUAAGAAUAUAAUUUUGAAUGUGUAAAUACACACUUGUGAAUAA